AAAAUGCCCUAAUAUUCUUGGUAUAAAAACAACGGUUUUAGCUGUGAGUAGCUGCGAGUCGUCCUCUCUCCUCUCUAGGGUUUUUCAUAUUCGGCGUUUGUGCUCGUUUCGAAAUGGCGAAGAGAACGAAGAAGGUUGGAAUCGUCGGCAAGUACGGUACUCGAUAUGGAGCGAGUAUCAGGAAGCAGAUCAAGAAGAUGGAGGUGAGCCAGCACAGCAAGUACUUCUGUGAGUUCUGCGGCAAGUACGGAGUGAAGCGAAAGGCUGUUGGUAUCUGGGGAUGCAAGGAUUGUGGCAAGGUCAAAGCUGGUGGUGCCUACACCAUGAACACCGCCAGUGCCGUCACCGUUAGAAGCACCAUCAGGAGGUUGAGGGAGCAGAUCGAGGGUUAAAAAAAUCUUCAUAUGAUUUGUCGUCAUUCAAUUGGCUUCUUCGCUUUUUUUGACAAUCGUGCUAUGCUUAUCUUUCUUAUUCAAGACGCUGUUACAUUUAGCCAUGAAUCUAUGUUUUAUUGGAGUU